AUGCCUUCCAGAACGCUGCCUACCUUUUCGCGAGCCGAGGUCGAGUCGCAUAGCUCCGCCGACUCCUGCUAUGUAACAAUCGGCAACAAAGUCUACGAUGUGACCGACUUCGUCGACGAUCACCCCGGUGGCGGUAGCCUCGUCGUCGAGUACGCGGGCAAGGACAUUACCGACAUCCUGAAGGAUCCCACAUCCCACGAACACUCCGAGGCUGCCUACGAAGUCUUGGACGAUUCCCUUGUCGGCUUCGUCACCGAAAAGGGCGCCGCUAACGGCUGUGCCAACGGAUCCGCCACUGCCGAAAAGAAGGAAUAUGUCCAUCCUCGCACCGGCAUGUCUUGCGAGGAGGAUCUCAGCAAGGACACCGAUCCUAACAUGGACUACAAGAAGCACAAGUUCUUGGAUCUCAGCAAGCCCCUCUUUCUCCAAGUCUGGAACGGCGGCUUCAGCAAGGACUUCUAUCUCGAUCAGGUCCAUCGUCCGCGUCACUACAAAGGUGGCGCUUCAGCCCCCCUGUUUGGAAACUUCCUAGAGCCUCUCACCAAGACCCCCUGGUGGGUAAUUCCGACUCUUUGGCUGCCUUUUGUUGCUUUUGGACUCUAUCAGGCAGCUGAGGGCCUCCCGGUCCUGAAUGUCGCAGCAUACUGGGGGUUUGGAUGCUUCCUCUGGACCUUUAUCGAAUACGUCCUGCACCGUUUCCUCUUUCAUCUUGAUGGCUACCUCCCCGACAACCGCGUAUUCCUUACCCUUCACUUCCUGCUCCAUGGCAUCCACCACUACCUACCCAUGGACAAGUACCGACUUGUCAUGCCGCCAACUCUUCUCGUCGUCCUCGCGACCCCUUUCUGGCACCUGUCACAUGCUGUAUUUUCCUACAGCUGGCAUGCUGCUACUGCUGUCUUUUGCGGCGGUAUCUUUGGCUACAUUUGCUACGACCUCACGCACUACUUCCUUCACCACGAGAACCUCCCGCUGUGGUACAAGCAGCUCAAGAAGUACCACCUUCAGCAUCACUUCCUCGACUAUGAGCUUGGUUUCGGUGUCACCAGCAAGUUCUGGGAUACCAUUUUCGGAACCGAGUUGACGGCUCCCAUCAAAACCAAGUAA